GGAGGUCAUGGAAUCGGACAAGUUGAACGAAUUAAACCGACAAAUAAAUGAGAUUAAAAAGCGCAUAUUGUUGGCUGAGGGCCAAAAGACGGCCAAUGCAGCCGAGUGGCAGAAGCAAAACCGCAUCAAUUGCGACACGAUUAGCUCCUUGAAGAAGGACAUCAAGGAGCUGACGGUGAAGGCAAGUCGCCUGCGAAAUCCUCUCCAGCGACCGGUGGUCAUCAAGGAAUCCACUGGGGAGUCCCGCCGGGCUCAAAGUUGUACACCAACACUGAUUGUGGGCAAGGCCACGUAUCCUGUGGGGGCCAAAAAUGCCGAUGAUGCCAUUUUUCUCACUGAUCUCAAGAUUACCGAGAGCCGCAAGCAGAUGGACUUGCUGCGGCAUCGUUUCAAAUCCCGCCAGCAGCACUUCAGCAAGUUGGUGGAGAAAUAUCGAGGACUCCUGGCCAACAAGGAGGCACAGAACCAGAAUCUGGGCGAGAAACCACCCGAAACUCUUGAGGAGGAUGCAAACAGGAAGCUUGUUUGCCAGCUGGAGAACGAGAUCCACCGCACCAACGUUCAGUGGAUGGAGGCGGAGCACAUCCGCAAGAAGUACCGCUCCAUCGAGGCCUCCUUGAUGACGGAUGCGGAGCGAUUCGAGAGGAGUCUGCGGGAGCUGGAGGCCUCGUUGAGCGACCAGAAGGCGGAGAUCGAGCGACUGCAGCAGGUGCACAACGAGGCGGUGGAUAUGCGGGACGCGGCCAAGGUGAUCCUGCAGCGCCAGGAGCAGCAGGCGAAUCUCUCCCAGAAAACGAGGGAGCGGCAGGCCCUCGACUUUCGCAAACAAGUGGAGGCCCGCAAAUUGGAGCUGGAGCGGAUUGGUCGGAAGCUUUUUGCCGAAACCAAAACGCUGGUCCAUCAGGAUAGCGUGGGCUCCAGUUCCGGUGACCAGCAUACUGCCAAAACGGAGAACGGCGAGGAGGAGCCGGUGUCCCAACUGGAGAGCGUUACCAGCGACAUGGAGUCCCUGUUCAAGCAGCUCAUGGAGGCCUCCGGUGCCACCUCGCCCUUCGAGGUCUUCGAGAGAUUCAGCGCACAAAAGGAGUCCGCAGCGCGGUUGAACUAUUUGCGAAAAGCCGCAGAGGCGGAAAAGGCCAAUUUGGAAGCGGAACGAGAGGCUUUAACCAGCGAACUGGAGGCCUCCAAAUUCUCAGACGUAAAGGAAAGCGAAGUAAACCAAGAGGUCAUCGAGCAAAUCAAAAACAGCAUUGCCGCCAAGGAGCAGGAUCGCAAAUUGGACACCGAUGAGGCGGGCAAAUCGAUGGGCGUACUUAAAUAUCUCAAAGAACGUAUCUGUGAGAUGAUCUUUAAGGUUCAGGAAGUGGAUGAGAGCAACAUUGAAAUACCCGAAAGGAAGCUCCAUGUCAGCGUGGCAGAACUGCCUAAUUUUUUGGCACACACUGCCGAAGAUGAAGAUAUGAUUGAGAUUUUGAAAUUGAAAAUCAAACGCUGCCAAGAGCUGAGCAAAUCUGAGGAUGUGCCACCGUUUGAGAUUCCCAAGUUGGACAUUGUCGACGAGGAGGAGGAUGAUUUGUACAAGGCGGAACCACCCAAAUCCCCAUCUGCUCCCGAAGGCGAGAAACCACAACCAAUGCCCGUUUGCUACUACAAUUUGUUCGCAGGACGAGCUCAGCGAGCGGCAGGAACCUCCUCAUCCUCUCCGGAACAGGCUCCAGCUGCAGUGGCGACAACUGAUGAUGACAAUGAAGUGCCUUCUCGAAACUUCCUAAAGCGACAAUCCGUGCUUAUUGUCGACUCUAAAUCCCGUCGAAAACCAUUCAGACCAACACCCGGAGGCAGACGAAAAUAA